AUGAUCAGUCAAUUACUAUCAGAACACAAUUUUCUUACAUCCAUCACUCAUCAUAAGCAUUCUUCGUUGGUUACUCAUCUAUCAUCACCUCAUAAAACAUAGAUAAAGGCUAAUCGGUAAAAUCGACAUAUAGAUUGUCAAGGAGAAGUAUAUGAUAAAAGAGAUCUAAUUAAUGCAAGUAAUGAUAAUCAAUUGUUAAAACCUGAAACUGUGAGAAAGAAUAAUCGACUUAAAUCAAAACCAGCAGUUUCAAGAUUUAUGAAGAAAUUAAUUAUAUCUAACUUCAAAGAUAAUAAAGAAAUAUUCUAUUCUGUUACUCCUAUGUAGCCAAUUUAUGAUCAAUUUAAAUAAAGAUAUGAACAAAGGGAAAGAGAUAGAGUAUUUUAAAAUCAUCAUUUUGAUAAAGUUUAUAAACAUCAUUUAAGUAGAGCAAUACAAUAUAUAUUGUAAUAAGUAUUAAAUUUUCUUUCAUUUGAUGAUGUUUUUAAAGUUAAUUUAGAUAAAAGUGAUUAUGAUAGAUACUUAUAGAGAUAACCAAAAUUAUUAAGGAAUUCGGUGAGUUCAAUGGAUUUAUUAAAUCUCUAAUAAACCUAAUUGGAUAAUGAAUUGACAACUAAUAGAAAAAUCUAAUUAAUAGCUAAUGUAUUUUCGGAUCCUCAUUUCAAUGCUAAAGAAAGAUAAGUGUUGUAUUAAGUACUUAGAUUUUAAAUUGCAUAAGCUUAAAAAUCAAUUGUAAAAUUAGAAAAAGCCAGCAUAGGAAUUAAAGCAUUAAAUCGUUUUUAGACUAAGAAAGAAGGUCAUUUAGAAUAAUUAGCCUUCAUUCUUGAUUAUAUGUAAAAUAAUUAUGAUAAACUUGUGAAAUUAAUAUGA